UGUUGAGGCUACUGCCAAUUUUGAAUCCAGAAAAUCCGACAUUAUAAUUUUCAUCUCCCUUGCUCACGUGCUUACUACUUAUUUCUCUUUAUGCAUAUUUCUCUGGACUUUCAUCAUGACUACAUGAAGUUUAUGGAGCGAUUUAGGAGGUGGGGAACUACAGCAGGAGAGGGCUGCCCCAGCCACCUCAAGCCACCCUGCAGUCUGCUCUACCCAAGAGUCUGUUCGGUUCUGGCCCCAUCCUGCUUGCACCGGCUGGUCACUACGGUGGCACUACAGGUCAGUUUAAUCGUGUUUCACCGGUACACACUGGAAUCAGUUACAGUUACAAGGUAGUAAAUAAAUUAAAGAUGUCCCCGAAAAAGAAAAAAAAAACAAUGCCAAGGGCAGUGGUGGAACCGAAGAGGUGGAUGACGAGAGCUCAGAGGAUCAGGAGCCAGAGCCCAAGAAGAAGCAUAAUAGGGUCACUGGCACAGAGGAUGCUGGAGCUGGCAGGGGGAAGAGAAAGAAAUCAAAAGCUCCAGAAGAAGGGUACCACUCUGACACCUCUGAGCCUGAUGUAAAAAGCAGCAAGAAAAAGGGGGAGAACAAAGGAAAAGUAAAGAAAAAUAAGAAGAAAGCUAAGAAGGACAGCGAGGAGGAGUAUGAGGUGAGAAGCAGUGAGUCUAAGAGUACAGAUGAUGAAGAUCACAGUGAUACCAUCGAUAACAAGAAAAAGAGAGCAGAGAGGCUCCCUGGUAUGAUUGAGGCCACCAGUAAGGGAACAAAGAAGAAGAAAGACAACCAGGAGAACGUCAUGGGGUCAAAGGACAAAAAAUCUAAAGACGACGACAAAAAAUCCAAAAAGGACAAGAAAGAGGGCGAACAACCUCGCGAACAGGGAGAUGAAGAAGGGGACGGCAAAAAGAAGAAGAAAAAGGCCAAGAAAGGCUCAGGGGGGGACAGUGAUGAGGACACCAAAAAGGGGAAAGGCAAAAAAAAGAAGCUGGUUGAGAACUACGUGGAGAUCUAUGAGAAUGAACUACGGAACUAUGAGCCAGAUACCAUGGAGAACUAUGAGGAUGAGUACCACAAGAAGAAAGUGUAUGAGGUGGUGACCAUCACUGGAGAUGAGAGGGGGGCGGGCACCGAUGCCAACGUGUUUAUCACUCUCUUCGGGGAAUAUGGCAUCACUCCGAAGGUGCACCUGGCUAGCAACACGGAAAAGAGGAGUAGAACAGCCUUUGAGAAGAACAAAACAGACGUCUUUAGGAUCAAAACUCAUAACGUUGGGCCUUUGAAGAAGAUACGGAUAGAGCAUGAUAACACAGGUCUGAAUGCCAGCUGGUUCUUGGACAGAGUGGUGGUGACAGAUAUUACCAGACCUCACAUGAGGUUCUACUUCACCUGUAAUAACUGGCUCAGUAAGGUGGAGGGCGACAACCUGUUUGUCAGGGACCUGCUGGGCAGCCUCGACCCCAUGGACUUGCCCAAAUAUAAUAAGUAUGUAGUGAGCGUGUUCACAGCAGAUGUAAAAGGCAGUGGAACAGAUGCGGAUGUCUUCAUCAACAUCUUUGGAGAGUUUGGUGACACCGGUGAGAGGCGGUUGGACAAUAAGAAGGAUAACUUUGAGAAAGGCACGGAGGACAAGUUCACUUUAGAAGCUCCCCACCUCGGCAAAAUUAGGAAGAUUACCCUGGGUCACAACAACAAAGGCUCUUCCGCUGGAUGGUUUGUGGACAAGGUGCUCCUGGAUGACAUGGGAAACAAGUCUCUGUAUGAGUUCCCCAUCAACCGCUGGUUCGCCGUCGAUGAGGAUGAUGGGAAGAUUCAGAGGGACAUCCUAGUUGGAGGCAGUGAGCCCACAGGUAUUGUGUACCACGUCCAGGUGGUGACAGGGAAGGUCCGAGGAGCUGGCACCAACUCCAACAUCCACAUACUGAUGCACGGCACCAAGGGCCUGAAGAACAGCGGCAAGAUCUUCCUGCAGGGGGGUAAGUUUGAGCGUGGUCUGACAGACAUCUUUAACGUGGAGAUAUCUGCCCUCCUCAGCCCCCUCAGCCGAGUCACCAUCGGACACGACAAUGGAGGAGUCAAUGCUGGCUGGUACUGCGAGAAGAUAGUGGUGUUCUGCCCGUUCACAGGGAUCGAGCAGACCUUCCCUUGCAGUAAAUGGCUGGAUGAGGACGAAGGUGAUGGACUGAUAGAGAGAGAGCUCUACGAGAUGGUCUCACUAAGGCAGAGGAAACAGAAGAAGCACCCCUGGUCUCUGUGGAUCUGGACGUCAGAUUUGCCUGGCGCAGGAACAGACGCAUCCAUUUACUUCCAGAUCUAUGGGGAGAAGGGCAAGUCAGACGAGAUGAGACUGGACAACAAAGCAGACAACUUUGAACAGGGCCAGCUGGAUAAGUUCAUGGUUGAGCUACCUGACUUGGGGAAGCUUACAAAAUGUCGCAUCUGGCAUGAAAAGAGAAGCCCUUUUGCAGGGUGGCAUUUGAGCAAGGCAUCUCUGAUGAAGACGUUGACGAAGGAGAAGUUUAAGUUCCCCUGUGAGCGCUGGCUGGAUACUAACGAGGAUGACAACGAAUUAGUUAGAGAGCUGCCUGCCACUGGAGAACUGAUUGCUGAACCCCUGCCCUUGAUAAAGUACCGUGUGACCGUGUGCACGGGGAAGUUUGGCGGCAGCGGGACGGACGCCACUGUCUUCCUCAAUCUGAUUGGUGACCUGGGAGACACAGGCGAACGUACGCUGGUCAACUGCAAAAACAACGUCAACAAGUUUGAGAAAGGCAACAUGGAUGAGUUCAUUAUUGAGGCGGUGUCAAUCGUGCAGGUGCGGCGAGUGCGUAUCGGGCACAACGGGCGGGGCGGAGGUUGUGGCUGGUACUUGGAGAAAGUGAUGGUCAGGGAAGAGGGACAGGCUGAGUCUCAGGUUGUAGAGUUCCCCUGCGGCAGGUGGCUAGAUCGGAAUGAGGAUGACGGACAGAUUGUUCGGGAGUUGGUGCCAUUUUCAGAUGGACAGCGUCUCUACAAUGUGAGCUAUCACGUGUCGGUGAAGACAGGCAGCGUCAGUGGAGGCAGCUCGAACUCCACGGUUUUUGUGAAGCUGUAUGGGGAGAAGGGAGACACCAGUAAGAUGAUGCUGGUGGUCUCUGACAACAACCUGCGCAACUACUUUGAGGUGGGCCGGGUGGAUGUGUUCACUGUGGAGACGUUUGACAUUGGACAGAUCAACCGUCUGUUGAUUGGCCACAACAACGAGGGGAUGAAUGCUGGUUGGUUCCUGGACAGUGUCCAGAUCAUGGUGCCGGCCAGUGGGAGUCAGUACAUGUUCCCCAGCCACCGCUGGCUCUGUAAGGACGAGGCGGACGGCAAGACCGAGGUGGUGAUCUACCCUAGCGAGAUCCUGGACAUUAAACAAUUGAUGAACUAUGAGAUAACAGUGGUGACAGGUGAUGUGAGCUUUGCUGGAACCAACGCUAACGUUUUCAUCCAGAUCUACGGUGAUAAGGGCAAGACCGAGGUCGUCAAUCUGGCCAGCAGGUCCAACAACUAUGAGAGAGCAACUACUGAGAUAUUCAAGAUAGAAGCCAGCGACGUAGGAAAGAUCUUCAAGGUGCGUAUCGGCCAUGACGAGGCGGGGAUCGGCUCCGGCUGGUUCCUGGAGAAGGUAUACGUCAAACACCUAAUCAUGGGCAUGGUGACCAAGGCGAAGAAAAAGGAUGACAAGAAGAAGAAGAAGAAAAAGAAGGAGGCGGAGGAGGAGGAGACAGAGGAGGUGAUGCAGGAGAUAGUGCAGACGUAUGUGUUCCCCUGCUCCCGCUGGCUGAGCCGGGGGGAGGAGGACGGGGAGCUGGUGGUGGAACUGCUUCCUGAGGAUACAGACGAGCUGGAAGAGAACACCUAUGAAGUGUGUGUCUUCACCGGGGACAUGCUGGGGGCUGGGACUGACGCCAAUGUCUACAUCAAUAUUUAUGGGGAGAACGGGGACACAGGGGAGCGCCUCCUCAGGAAGUCAGGCAACCUCAACAAAUUUGAGGCAGGGCAGGAGGAUGUGUUCACCAUAACAGCCAUUGAGCUGGGCCCCCUGAGGAAGCUACGCAUUCGUCAGGACAACGCAGCGUCUUACUCCUCUUGGUACCUGGAUCGCGUGGAGAUAGUGGACACCAAGGAUGAAACCACGUACUACUUCCCAUGUAACCGUUGGCUGGCGGUGGAUGAGGAUGAUGGACAGAUCGCCAGGGAGCUGGUGCCCGUGGAUGAGGCCUUCAUGAAGAGGGACGAUGAUGAGGAGGGGACAGGUGCAGCCACCCUGGGGCUUGAGCAGAAAGCUAUGUCCACAACUCUAACCCUGAAAAUAAAGACAGGCGAGAAGAAACAUGCUGGAACGGAUGCCAAUGUUUUUGCUAUCCUUUAUGGAGAAAAAGAUGAUACAGGGAUAAUCAACCUGAAGGCGUGUAAGACCCAUAAGAACAAGUUUGAGCGGGGCAUGGUGGAUGAAUUCACUGUGGAGGCUGUGGACCUGGGAGAGCUGGAAAAGCUACGCAUCGGCCAUGACAACUCAGGUGGCUCUCCUGGUUGGUUUCUGGACUGGGUGGAGAUCGACGCCCCCUCUCAGGGCCAGAGACUCCGUUUCCCAUGUGGCCGUUGGCUAGAUAACGGAGAGGAUGAUGGGGCCAUAGUGAGAGAUCUGUACCCCAACGAGCUCCAGACUGAACUCUACGUGCCAUUUGUCCCCUAUGAGAUCAAGAUAUACACAAGUGAUGUGUUUGGUGCUGGGACAGAUGCAGACGUGUUUAUAGUUCUUUAUGGCUGGAAGGGCCUCUGCACCCAGCAGAAACACCUGUGUGUCAACAAGAGAGAGAGAAGGCUGUUCUUCGAGAGAGGAGCUGAGGAUAUGUUUAUCGUGGAGUUGGAGGAUGUGGGUGAUGUCAUUGAGAAGAUCCGUAUUGGCCACGACAACAGGGGCACCAACCCCGGCUGGCACCUUGACAGAGUGGAGAUCAGACGCCUACUCAGGAAGGGAAAGGGUUCGGAGACGACCAUCUUACCAUGUGAGCGCUGGUUGGCCAAGUCAGAGGACGAUGGGGAGACGGUGAGAGAGCUCGUUCCCUCUGAUAUUAUCACAGAGAAACUGCUGAAGGAAGGAAAACUGAAACACACAGAGAUGGAGGUGGAGGAUGCCCUUGAAACUCACACCUAUAAGGUGUCUGUGAGAACAGGUGACAUGUACGGAGGAGGGACCGACGCCAAAGUGUUUCUCACCAUCUACGGAGACCUGGGAGACACGGGGGAACGCACACUCAGCAAGUCUGAGAGCAACAGCAACAAGUUUGAAAGAGGGGCGGUGGAUAAGUUCUCCAUCGAGGCGGUGGAUCUUGGCCAGGUGUUUAAGAUCCGUAUCCGCCACGACAACUCCGAAUUUAUGGGGGCAGACUGGUACCUGGAUCAGGUAGAGGUGGUGGACAUGGAAACAGAGGAGGUAUACAUGUUCCUGUGUGAGCGUUGGCUUUCCAAGAAGAAGGAGGACAAGCGCAUCGAGAGAACGUUCUACAUCAAGGAUUAUGAGGGUGAGAGGAACGUUGAUCCAAACAAGAAGAGCACCCAGGCCAAGAUAGGGCUGGACAGGAAUGCAAACAAGAAGAAGAAGAAAAAGGCGGUCGUAGAGGAGGGUCCAGUCAUCCCCUACCACUUCACUGUGUCUACUGCUAUGGACCCUGACGCCAGCACCACAGCCAGGGUUUAUGUCAUCGUCAUGGGACCCAAUGACAUUGAGACGGAGCGUCUGUGGCUGGACCUGCCUGAGGGGAAGAAGAGCUUCGCUGCUGGGACCAUGGAGAACUUCCAGUGUUACGGAACUGACGUGAGAGAGAUCAAGAGGGUGGAGCUGGGUCAUAAUGGGGCAACCCCAGAAAGCUGCUGGUUGGUGGACGAGCUGUCGGUUGCUGUGCCGACCAAAGGCAUCAAGUACAUCUUCCAGUGUAAGUGCUGGUUGGCCAAGGACAGAGGCGACGGUCUCACCGGCAGACUGUUCAACGUACUAGAUGCCAACAGUAUCAAUAUCGUCCGGAAGAUCAUCUAUGUGGCCACGGUCAUCACAGGCGACACCCAGGAUGCAGGGACGGACACCAACAUCUUCCUGUCUGUGUUUGGAGCCAAUGGGAGCACAGAGGAGAUGCUGCUGCCCAAGAAUGAGGACAGGUUUGAGAGAGGUCAAGAGGACACGUUUAACCUGGAGAUAGAUGACAUCGCUCCUCUGAAGAAGAUCAGGGUUCGCAUCGACGGCUCUGGGAGUCGCCCUGACUGGUUCCUCGACAGGAUCGUGAUGCAUAACCUGACUACAGAGGAGGUGUCUGUGUUUACCAAUGAGAACUGGCUGUCGAAGACCAAAGGGCCCAAAAGGACUAAGAUCUGUGAGCUGGCAGCGGUGGUGGAUGAGGAGGAGAUGGUGGAGAGGACCACCUACAUCAUCCAGGUCCAGACCAGCGACAUCGGAGGUGCGGGCACUGAUGCCAACGUGUUCCUGAUAGUGUUUGGGGAGAACGGAGACACUGGUACGCUGGCACUAAAGGAGGGCGGUAGCAGAAACAAGUUUGAGCGGAAGUCAAAAGACGUGUUCCGCUUCCCAGACAUCCUCAGCCUGGGAGAGCUUUCCAAGAUCCGCGUAUGGCACGACAACAAGGGUCCUGCUCCGGGUUGGCACCUGGAGUACAUUGAUGUGAAAGAUGAGACCAUGGACCAGAAUUUCCGUUUCCCAUGUGGCCGCUGGCUGGCCAAGAAUGUGGACGACGGGCAGAUCAUGACAGAGCUGGCCUGUGCCAACAACGACAUCCUAGACUUCAGUGACAAGACCAAAUAUGAAAUUGCCACUACAACAGCUAACACUGAUGACGCAGACACCAAGGAGAAUGUGUGGAUCGUGCUGGAAGGAAAGAGGGGACGUUCAAAGGAGUUUGUGCUGGAGAAUAGUUCAAAGAAAAAGAGGUUCCUUUGUGGAGCCACAGACACAUUUGAGUUUUCCUCCAAGCAUGUGGGUGAGAUAGCUGGCAUCUGUGUGGGGCACACGACUAAAGACAGCAAGAAGGUGAAGGGUGAGGCCUUCUGGCACGUCCUGGAAGUUGUGGUGACAGAGAAGGGACUUGGAAACAAGUAUUUAUUCCACUGUGAUGCCCAGAUCCCUCUAGCAGCCAAACGGGACAAGUUUCUGACCUUCGAAUGCUUUAAGACCAUUGAGAGCUUUGCCAGCAAAGUCCGCAGCCUCGUGCCCGUCAAAUACGAGAUAAUCGUCAUCACCGGCGACGUCAAAAGGGCCGGAACUGACUCUAACGUUUACAUCACCAUAUAUGGCUUCAAUGGGGAUUCUGGAAAGCGUGCCUUAAAGCAGAAGUUCCGAAACCUUUUUGAGCGGGGACAAACAGAUCGUUUUAUUUUGGAGAUGUUGGAUUUAGGGGAGCUGCUGAGGGUCAAAGUGGAGCAUGAUGGCUCAAGCCACAACUCUGGUUGGUACCUGGAGUGUGUAGAGGUUACCAACACAGCCAACUCGGUGACCACUAUCUUCCUGUGUGGGAAGUGGUUGGACCCUCAGAAGGCAGAUGGGCAGAUACAAAGAGUGCUCUACCCCAAAUACUGACAAGUAUCCAUGUUAACCUUCUAAGCCGGGGGGUCAGGAUAAAAAUGUACCCAUAUUUAACCCCCCUUUUUUUUUACACUAAACAACUUCCAAAUAUACUGUUCCAUUAAUUGUUUUAACUGGUACUGGGCUACCUUCAGACAAGUCUUGUGGUGCUUGUGGGUGUCCUAGCCAAACUGUUCAGACGAUACAGACAGAAGUUGGCAGAUCGGUGGUACCGACUUCAGACGAGUCACGUGACCGUUGUGUUCGUGAGAGUCAUCUUUCCAUAGAGUGGUCAUAUUAGUUUGGAUGCCAAACCGUUCGGACGCUACAAAGGUUUUCGUGAGAAGACCGAUUUUCGAGAUGUCUCAUGGUCUGACAAACACAGCUGUAGCUCGGCCACCCCGCAGAUGCGGAAGGUCACCAUUGUAGGAGGCGGUAGAUUAUCAGCCCAUGCAAUAACCAUAUCUCUAGUUUAAACAGACAGGUUUUUAUUGGGAUUUGUUUAUUAUGCUAAUUCGAUUUCCCAUGGAGGCGUGGACAUCGACUCUAGGGUUUGAAAACCUCUACAGAAUCGUUGUCCCUCCACCGGGACGGUUGAGUUAACGUGCGCUAAUGUGAUUAGCAUGACUUUGUAAGUAACAAGAAAAUGUCCCAGGACAUAGACAUGUCUUAUAUGGGCAGAAAGCUUACAUUUUUGUUAAUCUAACUGCACUGUCCAAUUUACAGUAGCGAUUACAGUGAAAAAAUACCAUGCUAUUGUUUGAGGAGUGCACAAAAACAAAACUUUUAUCACGGAAACUGGUUUGAUACAUUCACCUCUGAAGGUAAAUAAUGUACUUACAUUCAGUAAUCUUGCUCUGAUUUGUCAUCCUGGGGGUCCCAGAGAUAAAAUGUAGCAUAGUUUUAUUUGAUAAAACCCAUUUUUAUAUUCAAAUGUAGGAACUUCUAAAGUUUGAACCCCUUCUGUUUCUGUUUUAUUAUGGCCUUUCUAUUGCAUUUCAAAGAUAAUGAAAAAAAUUUAAAUAAACGUGUUUUUUUGUUUGUAUUAUCUUUUACCAGAUCUAAUGUGUUAUAUUAUCCUACAUUAAUUUCCCAUUUCCAUAAACUUCAGUGUUUCCUUUCAAAUGGUAUCAAGAACAUGCAUAUCCUUGCUUUAGGUCCUGAGCUACAGGCAGUUAGAUUUGUUAUGUCAUUUUAGGCAAAAAGUUGAAAAAAUGGUCCGAUCCUUAAGAGGUUUUAAGGGACUUGGGACCAGCUAUUUAUGUAUUGGUGGUGGUGUGGGGGUUCUGGAGUACUUUUCAAUCAGAAUUUUUUUUGUAUGACUUAAUAUUUUACUUUGUGAAACAUAAACAGAGAACAUAGGUGAUAACUAUAUAGAAACAAAUGAUACUCAGAAGCAUAUUCAUAACAUGUGAUUGUAUUCACUCAUGCUGGACUAGAUACACCACUGUUGACAUGUAUUUCAUGCACAGGCUCUGUGUGUCCAUUUAGCCUAGUUGUCAGGGAUUAUUGCUGAUAUUUUAUACUUGCUUUGUGUUUAUAAACGUUUGUACCGAUUCUUGUGUCAUGAAGUUAAGUAUUUACUAGAAAAAUUGAAUAAUCCUUAACCAGGUACUUUCAGCAUUUUGGGCAGUUUAUUUGAAAAACACAUACAAAAAGAUCAUAUACAAGACAAUAAAUAAAAAAAGGAGACAGAACAGUUUGGGUUAAGCUAUGCAACUUUUUGCAUCAUCAUUAGUAAUAAAUACAGUACAAAAUCCACCAAAAGUAAAUCUAAAGAUUUUCCACAAUAUUCACUGAUCCAUGUUAUUCUUCAUUAUCAUUUAGCUAUUGCUUUUCAUAUUAUUGAUACAUACUUUGUCUAUAAAAUACUCCAGCUCAUAAAACAUUGCGCGGUUACAGCAAAACAGCAGUGUGUUGUACAAAGAUGGCCACUUCCCUUUAAAUCACUGGCAGGUUAGUUUAAUCAACAGUUUGUCAGCAGCAAAGAAACAUCUGUAAUAUUCAAGAAGGUACAGCCUUAUAUUAAACACGUCUACAGCUACGCCCAUGUACACAUAUGAAAACCUGAGAAGGACAUGCAUUAGAAAGCUUGUGCUUUAGGAUUCUACUGUUCAUUCCCCUUCACCAGCUUGAGUUAAAAUACUAUGGCUACUGUCCAGUAACGCAGUCUACCGUCUGUGGAGGACAGAGGGCAA